AUGAAUGGGACCACGAUUCCUUCUAUAUCUUGUUCUCGUUCAUCAAUGGUAAACAUCUAUGGUCCACAUGCUGUAACUUUUGAAGAAGGACAAGGUCGAAUUAAUCAAUUGGGUGGUGUAUUUAUCAAUGGACGUCCAUUGCCAAGCUCUCUUCGUAUGAGGAUUGUUGAUAUGGCUAUUCAAGGUAUUCGACCUUGUAUGAUUAGUCGACAGUUACGUGUUUCACAUGGAUGUGUAUCGAAGAUUCUAUCACGCUAUGCUGAAACAGGUUCAAUUGAGUCCGGCUCACCUAACACGGAUUCAAAAUUUAAAAUUUUUCCAGCUAAUAUCGAACAGAAACUCAAUGAAUACAAAACGAUGUACUCCAAUAAUCCAAUGCUUAUUGGGGAAAUAUGUGAACGGUUAAUUCGUGAUGGCGUUUGUACACAAGCAUCAUUACCAAGUGUGAAUGUAUUAACACGAAUGCUACGUGGUAAUCAGGAAGACCAGUCGUCUGUCGAAAACAGAAAAAAUAUAAAUAAAAUAAUAAAAACUCGCCGAUAUCGAACUAGCUUUAAUCAAGAUCAAGUUCAAAGAUUAGAACACACUUUUCAAGAAACACAUUAUCCUGAUGUUCAAGUGAGAGAAAAAUUAUCAAGAUGCAUUGGCCUGAGCGAAGCACGUAUUCAAGUAUGGUUUUCAAAUCGUCGAGCUCGUUCACGAAAGAUAGCUUCUGCUCAUCAACAACCGCCCGUGCGAACUAGUACUAGUUCAUUAGAAAUAUCUAGUAGACCUAUCGCGCGAAGUACUACACAUAUUCCGGAAUCGUCGAUGCCAUUGCCUGAUCUUCAUUUCAAUCCGAACUAUUUAUCUAGUAAUAAAAAUCUAUCAAAAGUUACUACUGGCCCAACGUUUCGACCAUUAAAUGAAUUCAAUAAUAUUCUUAUGAAUGCUAAUAAUCCUGUUGACUUAUUUCUUAAUCAACAAUCUUCACUUUAUCCUCAACAUACUAAUGACUAUGAAUACUUUCACCGAUCAACAGCAACAUUUCCAUACUCAUCGUCGAAUAUAUCUGGACCCAUAUUCUCAUCACAAGCUUCAUCGUCAUCAUUUUAUACACCAAAUAUGUUUGAUGCUCGUAAUAUUUAUUUAUAA